AGGGUUUUGACGUCUAGACAAAGUCCCAUAAAAGGUCAUCGGCCUAAUAAAUCCUGUUGUUUCCUAAUCAUUUCGUCUAAAACAAGGGCUACUGUUCCUUACAAGUUCAGAAGGACACAUCUGUUUGGUUAGUUGGUUGCAACUACUAGGGGACGCGUUUGUCGGUUAUCGGAUCACUUUGUAACUGACAGGUCACGUUAGCGAGAAAUCAUGAUGUCAAGGAUUAUAAAUUUACCCCAAAGCUGACAGGACUCUCUGAGGCGUUUCAUCACUCACUCUCUCUCUCCCUAGUAAUUGCUGAGCAAUAGGAUUUGUUGAAAAAUGGCUGAAGGUUCAGCUGCAGUUCCCAGUGCUGAGUUGUUGGAAUGGCCAAAGAAAGAUAAGCGUCGGUUCCUUCAUGCCGUCUACCGUGUUGGUGAUCUUGAUCGUACCAUCAAGUUUUACACUGAUUGUUUUGGAAUGAAACUGUUGAGGAAAAGAGACAUUCCUGAGGAGAAAUACUCCAAUGCCUUUCUUGGGUUUGGCCCAGAGGAGUCGCAUUUCGUUGUGGAGUUAACAUACAAUUAUGGAGUAACUUCAUAUGAUAUUGGAACUGGUUUUGGGCAUUUUGCAAUUGCAACUCCUGAUGUCUACAAAAUGGUUGAGGACAUCCGUGCAAAGGGUGGCAAUAUUACUAGAGAGCCUGGUCCAGUCAAAGGUGGAUCCACUGUCAUUGCUUUUGUGAAGGAUCCUGAUGGUUAUGUUUUUGAGCUCAUCCAAAGAGCUUCUACUCCUGAACCACUCUGUCAAGUAAUGCUUCGUGUUGGGAAUUUAGAUCGCUCUGUCAAAUUCUACGAAAAGGCCCUGGGCAUGAAGCUAGUGAAGAAGGUUGAUAGGCCUGAAUACAAGUACUCCAUAGCCAUGAUGGGGUAUGCUGAAGAACAUGAGACUACUGUUCUUGAGUUGACUUACAAUUAUGGAGUGAUUGAAUAUACCAAGGGAAAUGCAUAUGCACAGGUUGCUAUCAGCACUGAUGAUGUAUACAAGAGUGGUGAAGUUGUAGAGCAUGUUAUACAAGAGCUUGGCGGAAAGGUUACUCGAAAACCAGGGCCAAUUCCUGGAAUCAACACUAAAAUUACCUCUUUCUUAGAUCCUGAUGGCUGGAAAACGGUCCUGGUUGACAAUGAAGACUUUUUGAGGGAACUCCAGUAGGCAGUAGGCAGAGUAAUAACAUCAACAUGGCAAAAAAGGCUCUGGAUGCAUUAAGCAUAGUCCUGUUACUAUAUGAAUACGCGAGCAAUAUGCCUGUUUAAAUAUGGUUGUUAUGCGACUUGAACCAUUUUCAACUCUUUAUUGUUGUGGAUUCUAGUAUGUUUCAUAACUAUCAGAAAGUUAUGGUUAUUGUUGGAGCCGAGUUAUGACCUAA